AUAAGACCGUCGUAGACAUCUCGAAUAUUAUCGUGAAGCAAUUUUUGAUUGUCUUGAAGAGCUGAGGUGGGGCUCGACAAGCAAUGAUUCAAGCUACACAAGCGUGUGAUGCAUGCAGGGACAGGAAGAAACGGUGCGAUAAGGUCCUCCCAGAGUGCUCUGAAUGUCGGAGACGCCAGGCACAAUGUCAGUAUAGUCAGAAAGCAGAAGAGCAUGGGAUGGUUGAGUCUCUAUGGCAGAAAUUAAAUUCCCUCGAGUGUUUGGUGAGAGAAUCUAAAGAUGUUAGCGAGCCACGACUGAUGUUGCCCUUUUCUCGACUUGGCCGUGAGAUUCAAUAUGAUAUCACGUACCCAGUCUCGAAGCGGUGGUAUUUCCCUAUGCUACUCCAUUUCCGGUUUCACUCUAUGGUUCCAAGUAUCAAAAAUAUAAGUCAAGAGAGUGCUGCAUACAAGUUGCGCACUGCAUGGGUAACAGGGUAUCUCCGUGAUCCAGCUAUGUUUCACGCUAUUCUGCAUGCAGCUUCUGCGAAUCUUGAUCUGAUUAACGGAGAGACCGAUAACCCGGUGACUUAUUUCCAUGGCAUGGAGGCAAUCCGCUUAACAAAAUCAGCUCUAUCAUGUCUAGAGUCGCAUGAUGACUUGCCACACACAGUUCUUGCGACAACCUGGGCAUUAGCGCAUGUUGCAAGACUUACCGGUAAAAUUUCCGAAGCACACGUUCACGAGGCUGGGCUUCGGCAAAUGGUACGCUCCAGGGACCACAGCACCGGGUUGGGGUUUGAUGGUGCGCUUUCAUUCUUGAUCAUGCUUAGCGAUAUCUGGAAUUCUAUCAUCAACGAGGAAGAUGCGAGCCUUGAAUUCAUCGAUGAGCACCAAAAUCCGUAUCUUGCCCAACCCAGAAGAACACUUCUAUCAACCGCCCUGGAACGUGCUCUAAAUGAGGAGCUAAUAUCAAAUGACGUUAUUUUCCUCCUACGUAUGGUCGAUCACUCGCAAGCCGCCCAAUGGGGGCCUUUUUAUGCCACCGGUACAUCCAUCUCGACGCCCUCGGGCCGAUACUCAACCAACCCAUCGCCUCAUGACGGUGAAUACCUCUAUAUGCUUCUGCAGGCCGAAAGACUUGCAUCGUAUCAAUGCCAGGACCAUAUAUCAGAAUGCUGUUGCCUAGCUGCCAUGAUCUACUGGAAGGCCUUGUUCACUAACGUUCCAUUUAAUUCGCCUGAUAAUGAUUCUGCCGCUGACCAACUUUUCAUCGCAUUUCGACAAACUGACUUGGAGAAAUGGAUGGAGAAGGCACCCGAAAUGCACAUUUGGGUCUCUUAUGUAGGUGCCUUAGCAUCAGCCAACAAAGUGCAGCGAGCGUCUUUCGUGGCUAUAUCAAAAACUUCAGUCGUGAUCCUUAGUCAAGACCGGAUUCUCCAUUUCCAAGAUGGCGUUUCGCAUCUUCUCUGCCUUUCAAGACACUUGAGACAACUGCAGUCUGUCGGCGGAUGGACAUAGGCGUGGAUGGGGAUCAUGAUCUCUAGAUUUACCGUUUUCCUGAUGCAGGCUUUUUCUAGUCUUGUAGAUGGAACUUUUCCAUCUCCCUCUUUUUUUCUCUUCCAACCGAUGUUAAGGUUUGGUUAUUAAUCAAGUCUUGCCCAGAUUGGGAGUUGUCCAAAUGUUACUGCAUCGGGGUGGAGUCCGACGCUAUCCCUUUAGCGCCUUGGUUAGGCCAUAUCAGGGCCAGGCUUCGUACUGCUUUUCUAGAUGAAUUUAAUUCGUUUAAAGUUCUCCUGAAGGAUGAUCAACUAUGACGCAACGCCAUCAAAGUACGUAAAUUGUCUGUAACAAUAAAAGCAAUCUUCAGG